UUACUUCAUAUAAUGAAAAUGCCUCUCCCUCUUUGUUAUUAUUCUCAACAAUUUAUCCUCACUUUGGAAAAUUAUGAUUCCAAUAUUUUCCCUUUUACAUUGCUUUCAAAUGAUUUCUUCUGAAUAAUUCAAAUCAAUAUGCAAUAUGUUAUUGCAAAAUUUAGCCUUGAAAAAGGGCAAAGAAGCGGCUGGUCAUAACAUUCAAUCAUUGACAAAACAUGGGAACUAUUUUGUUCAAAGUAGUGAUAGGAGACGUACAUAUACUUCCAAUCAAUCUGCAGCUAGUAAAGUGAGGGAAGAAUUGGCCAAAGAAACUUGCGAAAAGCUUUCGAAUCAACAUCAAGCCAAGAAGAAGGCUAAAGCUAUUGAUAGAGACUUCUUUCUAUCGGUCCUUGGUUCUUCCGCAACUAAACGCGAAGCUCGCUCUUAUAUUCAAAACUUCAAACCUCUAAAUACUUCUCCCGCAAAGCCGAAAUCCCAAGGCCCUGUUCAACAAAACACAAAUGAGAAUGGAGUAAACCUGGGAAGCAUUUAUACAGCGACAAGGGCCGUGGCAGAAAGUCCAAAGUUUGUACAACAACCAGCAGUCUCACAAACCACAUUGGGCGGCUCCAUUUUACAUGUUGCUUUAGUGAAAAUUAGAGCUCCACAACUGCUAGAUGACGAAACGUUGAAUGGGAUUGGGAAAACAUUAUCGAAACUGUGUAGACUUGGACUGGUCAGUACUGUUGUGGUGGAUUGCGAGGAUGGAAGCGAUACCCACCUGAAGGUAUCUAAAAGCGAAUGGAGGGAUCGGGUUAAAGAGCAAGCCGCUCGUGUUGUGACUGCCAUUGAUGCUAGUGGGACAGAAGCACGGCUAGUGGACAAUGUGAUAGGAAUUGCAGAAAAUGGAUCUGAUGUCGAGCAACAACCGUAUCUGAAAGGCAGAGUGCAUGUCACAUUUAGGGAGUUAUUGAUGACGCCAUUGAGACGAGGAGUACUCCCUGUGUUACCUUCAAUAGGGCAUACGGAUGCUACUCAAACGGCAAUAUUAACAACCGCUAGUGAUGUUGUCAUGGCGUUGACCCGAGAAUUUGCUGGAAUCUUGCCUCCGCAAUCACCGGAUGAACAUCCUAAUGUUGUCAAAGAGCACUUACAAGCCUUACAAAAUGAGGUAUCACUUGAUCGUCUAAUUCUGAUUGAUCCUCUUGGGGGCAUUCCAGCUUCGGACCGCAAAAACGGUUAUCACGUAUUUCUGAAUAUGGAACAAGAAUAUGAGCUGGCGAAGCAAGAUCUCAUAAAAACAGGAGGAUUGUAUAGCGAAACAUCCAAGCUACCAACACGUGCAGAAGCAGGCUCGAAUUCUAAUGUCGGAGAUGAUAUCCCCCUUUCCAGCUUUACCGAACAAAAAUCUGGCGAGCUUAAAAAUUCAUCCCCGCAGCAAAGCGGUUCACCUACACAGCAAGAUCAAAGAAUGAAAUUCCAUUUGGAUAAUUUGGAACUAGUUCGAAGUGCUUUGGCCGUAUUGCCUCCUAGCUCUUCUGCUUUGAUAACUACGCCUGAUGAAGCCGCGAAUUCCGGAAAGCAACACGAAUUCAAGGCCGCUGGGGUUGGUACACGACGACAACGAAAUCCGUUGAUUCACAACCUACUUACCGACAAGCCAGCAUUCUCUUCAUCCCUUCCUGUUGGAAGACUAGGCCCCAUGGAUAAGAACGAACCAAUUACACUAUCAACUAAAAUGGCCCCAGCCACUUUUGCAAAACAUGGAAUGCCAGUAACCAUUUUUCCCGAUCCAAAAACUACCCCUUGGCAACCACCUGUCGCUGGCGUUCCACAGAUAAGCUUAACUGAUCCUCAAAUUGAUCUACCCCGCCUAGUACAUUUGAUCGAGGACUCUUUCAAUAAGAAACUAGAUGUUCAAGAUUAUUUAAGGCGUGUCAAUAAUCGUAUAGCUGGAGUCAUUAUUGCAGGCGAAUACGAAGGAGGAGCAUUACUGACCUGGGAACUACCACCCGGUGUUCCAGACGAUGGAAGUGAAGAAAGCCGUAAGCGAAUGGUGCCAUAUCUUGACAAAUUUGCCGUCUUAAAGAGAAGUCAGGGAUCGGGCGGUGUUGCAGAUGUGGUUUUUAAAUCUAUGGUGAGAGAUUGUUUUCCUGGUGGUGUUUGUUGGAGAAGUCGUAAGGAUAAUCCAGUAAACAAAUGGUAUUUUGAACGCAGUAGAGCUACGUUGAAACUGGCUGAUACGAAUUGGACGAUGUUCUUCACGACGCCGGAAGAAAACAUGGAUCAGCAAACAUUCCAAGACUAUGAAGCUGUUUGCAAGGUCAUUGAACCUUCUUGGGCGGAUAAACAGGGAGUUCAGGAUUGAACUUUAUACAUAAGUGUUGGAGGUAUAGAUAGUGUGGAGCUUGAUAUACUUAUGAGGUGCUUACGGACCAGACCAAGGUGUGUCUCGCAAUCGCCAAAACACGAUAAAUCCCUUGGAAGCGGACAAGUUUCGGCAAAAUGCUUGAUACACUACAUCAUCCCAACCUAGAUGGUAAGAGUAACUUUGAUAAGUGUGAUGUCGAUCACAAAACGAUCUUUACUUCAAUAUUCAAACAUAUAAUUCAGGAUUCUUGGACGUUGGGUGCCCCGAAUGAUGUUGGACCACCUUAGGCUGGUGAAGCGAGAUGGCAAUUCGUUGAGGGGUGAAUCGGACGUUGGCGGAUGUUGUCAGAGCGGGAAGUGAUAUACACAGGUAGCUGAUUCGGACUAAGCUAUCCGAAAAGUCCUUGUGGAUCCAUGUAGUUACACUUGAAGAUACCCUCGAAUAUUAACUACCGGCAGCAUUUACUUGGCUGAUAAGAUUGAAUCUCGCUAUGAGGGGUUUCACAGUAAAUAAGGGUUUUCUUUGAAUGCUAACGAACAAUUUGAUAUAGCACCCAGUAAACAGAACU